UGUGUACAUCUGCGUAAUUUUUGUGCUUAAAAGUCGACAUUCAGAUCCACCCAACCGGUUCAGAUCAUUUGCAGUUGUGAUGGUGGUUCGGAUAAAAAUAUGCACGCUGGCUGAAAAUGCAUUAAAUGUUCAAUAUUCGGGCUACAUAACAACAAAACCUGCAAAUCAACGUUUUUAAUCCAAAUAGAAAUAGAAACCCUUCUGCUUUGCCCUCAAAGUCGUUUUACUUGUCCUGGCACGCGUCAUUACGCACCAAUUUCCUCACCAAAAUGCAAAUGUAAUUUUUUUUUUCUUUUGGGUUUUCUCUCACGCCUUGAAUUUCGCAAUUCAACAGACAAGUUUUGUAUCAGUUCCAAUCAGUUUGCGAUUUUAAAAUAACUCCCAUCACAUAGUGUCUAAAAAACAUGUAUGUGGGUUCUUGGCAUAAAUACGCAUAAAAGAUAUACAGUAUGUUCAUGAAUGUGCAGCCUGAUCUGCAUUAUCUGAUGUCUAGACGUUUAUCAUCUUCUUUGCAUAUCACGUGUUUGGCCCUGGCCAAUAACCUUGCGAUCUUUAUGUACUCAGGCGUGUUGGUAUCGUUACUCUGCCUGAGUCUCUGUCUCUGCUCAGUCGAGGGGAUUUUGAAAAAGAGUUGGUCGUCUCAAUGUAGGGCAUGCUAUGACCGCCUCAUUACUCCUCCAUUCGCACUGGAUUGACCCGGUGAUGUUUCUCUACGACAACGGUUUGGAUGAACGAAGCAAGAACAUGGAAGGAUUUACUGGAGGCAAUUUUGCUGCAAAUCAGUGCAGGAAUUUGUUAGCGCAUCCAACCUCGCUGGCUCCCAGCACCACCUACACUGCGAGUGAGGUGCCAGUCUCUGGCAUGGGGGAGCCUGGCAAACAAUGCAGCCCCUGUUCUGCCACUCAGAGUUCGCCCAGUGCAUCUUUGCCCUAUGGAUAUUUUGGCAGCAGUUAUUACCCAUGCAGGAUGUCGCACGGUAGCGUCAAGGCUUGCGCGCAGCCUUCUGGUUAUGGCGAUAAAUACAUGGACUCAUCGGUCUCUGGUGAGGAGUUCUCCACUAGGGCGAAAGAAUUUGCGUUUUAUCAGGGUUAUUCGUCUGGUCCUUACCAGCCCAGCUACUUGGACGUCCCUGUCGUACCUGCGCUGAGUGCUCCAUCUGAGCCAAGGCAUGAGUCUCUCUUACCCAUGGAGCCCUACCAACCAUGGGCCAUCACCAACGGCUGGAGUGGUCAAGUUUACUGCACCAAAGAGCAGCCACAGUCAAAUCCUCUGUGGAAAUCCUCGUUACAAGAAACUAUUUCUGGUGGAGACAACUCCAUCCGCCGUGGGAGAAAGAAGCGCGUGCCAUACACCAAGGUGCAGCUCAAAGAACUGGAAAGAGAGUAUGCCACCAAUAAAUUCAUCACCAAGGACAAAAGGAGACGGAUAUCCACGCAGACAAACCUGACAGAGAGACAAGUGACUAUCUGGUUUCAGAACAGGCGCGUAAAGGAGAAAAAAGUCGUCAAUAAAUUCAAGAGCCCCAGUUAGCUCUGGAGACACUGUAAUAGAAAGUGAAAGACGGACAUGGAUGCGCCUUUAUGAAAAAAAGGGGGAAAAAAAAGACUGUGCUAUAAUUUAUUACAUUAUGAACGGUUAUAAACUUUUUUUUUUUUUUUUUUUUGAGCUACACAUUUCCUUCCCCACCUUAUAAUUGGAACCAGUCCAUAGGGCCUGUUGACAGAAGAUCGGAAAUGGUUUGGAACAUGUUGACCAAGGCGAUUUUGUGUUGGAUGCUUUAAUAUCCUCCAAAGCAUAAGAUAUUUGACAGGAAACACUUCACCAUGUCGGGCGCUUUUCAUCUAUUUAAUCCAAUUCAAGAAUUAAGCUCGAAAUGCAGGACUUACGUAUUUAAUGAUGCAGUGGCAAAUAAAAAGGUGUCACCUCCGGUCUGUAAUCAUUACCAGGCAAACAGGACAGUCUAAACUAAUUACAAUAACAACCAUACAAACAUGAUCCAACAAGGUGUUAUUUUUAUUUUUUAUUUUUAUCUUUUCCAGAUAAACGGAGUUUGGACAUUUGGGAAACACAUUUUAAUCCACAUCAUCGCCUUAAAAAAAAUCGUUUUCUUAGUUUAAAAUGUCAGCGUCAGACUAGGAUAUACAUUCAGAAGGCUGGAUCACGCUUUGUCCACAACAUUGCCUUUUUAAUACAGGGCCAUUUUCCCCUGUCAAGGCGCUCUCAUUCAACAAUGACUUAAUAGAGAAGUAAAAACCUAGACAUAUUUAAAUAUGUAAAUAUUAUGACUGCAAAUAUCUAUCACUUUUUUGACUGCAAUAUCCAAAGUUUUUGACAAUAAAUAUUUGAGAGACGCA